CGUCGAAACGGGAGCACGCUGGACGGGAAAAGGCGGCGAAAAGAGCCGAGUACACCAACGAUGAGAUUAGCAUUGAUGAGGAGAUGGAGAAUGAGAUCUAUCAACUAAAGCCACAGAAGCCAAUCGAUCCCAAAAUGGAUGCCAAAGUGAGGAGUUAUUACUACGGCAAGCGGCGUAGUCAAAGGAUGCGAAGAGUCAAAAUUAAAAGUAGAAUCGACGAGGGGCCAGCAACCAUUUAUCCUGAAGAAUCUGAGUCACCUGCUGCUGGCUCUCGCAUGGAUGUCAAGCUAACAGCUGUCGACAAACUCUUCAUCUGCGACUAUCUAAUGAUCUACUUAAUUCUCGGCUACAUACUGGGCAUAUUUCUGGUGCUCUUGUGGUAUCUCUUCAAUAAGCUCCUUUUCCAUAAGGCCUCCAGCGAUCUGAGCUUGUAUUGGUUGCUCAUUGUGCUGCUCGUGCUGCUGCUACUCAUUGUUUUGUACAACCGGACGACGAGAUCCAUUGGGGCUUUAUGGGUGCCCCUAGUUGCCGGCUGUAGGGGACAGGUGCUGAUCAUCGCCAUUGCCUUUGUGUUGGCUGUGGCAGGACCCAUGAUGAACAUCAUUCGCAAUGUGGAGAUCAUGGUGUACACGCUCUCCUGUGGCCAGACGCUGCUGAGGAAUGCUCUAACGCCAAUGCACGAGAUAAUGGGCCAACCCGUCUAUGCCAUCGAGGAUGCCGUCUACUAUUGUUUGAGUCAAGUGCGCAGGAUCAUGCAGCGUUUGGAUGUGGCACUGAGGCAUCUCGAGACGCCAAUUCUUAGAAUGCAUGCUGGCUAUCAAAGCUGCGAUGCUUGGCUGCAACAUCAGCAGAGUUGGUUUGACACUCAAAUGGGUUCGCCUUAUGAUCGAUGCUUGGGCGCCGGCACUCUCAGCAUACAGGAGUGUGAGUACAAGUUCAAGGAUCAAAGGAAGGCCAUUUGUAAUAUUAGCAAUCGAUUCGAGUGGUUCUGUGCCAAUCUGAAGGCGUUGCCGAGCUUCUUUGACACCCACUUAAAGGAGCAGCAGGCUGUUGUCGAUCACAUCUUCAAGACACCCAUGCAGAGCACUGCCCAAAUCCGUGGCUUGUUUGAGGUUAGCAUCACAUUCGAUCACAACACAAGUUCCAGCGAUGAUCGCCAUCAUUUGAGCAACGAACUCGAACUGGAAAUGGACAAAGAGUUGCAGCUGCACAUGAAACAUUUGCAAUUCACAUUCAUCUGGUUGGAGUUUGUGAUCCUCCUGCUGAUUGUACUCAUCAUUCUGCGUUCGAUCUAUUAUCGCUGGAGCUAUUUGGGCAGCGCCAACUUUAAUAAUGUUUAUUUAACGAGCCAAUUCACCAAGUUCAAUAAUAGAAUGCAACUCAAAUAUGGCAAUAAUGAUCUGCCCAUGAUUGCCCUCAAGGCGAAGAAAUAUGGAUUUCUGGGUUCCUGCCGCAUCUUGCCCUCUGAGCUGAGUUAUAUGUUUCGAUCUGUGAUGUUCCUGAUUAUAGCCAGCUUACAGCUAUUCACCAUUUGUUUUGUGGACCAUUGUCUCUACUCGAUGUUGGCCAUGAUGGCCUAUCAAUCCCAUCAGACAGCAGAGCUUCAGCCUCCGGUUUAUACAAAGCUGAUUAUUAAGAAUGGUGGUUUUAUCAGUGGCGUAUUACGUAAUUUGACCACAGCCUUUGAGCCACUCACGAAGAAUCUGAUCGUUGACAUUCAACGCUGCUUUCCUUUGCCCAGUUUCCCCAACUAUUUUCACUAUUUCCAUAUAAUUGUGCUAUGCAUGCUGGCUUGGCUCCUGGUGCUCCUGGAGCCAUUCAGCAUCCGACUGCGCCAUCGAAUGCUGGACGCAAUGUAUCAGAGAAAUGCCGAGCAGCGUGCCGCAUUCCUGUUUCGCCAUCUUCAGAUUCGUAAAGACAGCUUUAUAAAGCCGGCCAGAAGACGAGCCCGUUCCCAGAAUAUCUAUGCAUAUGAAAAUAGAAUCUCCAAGGUGCUGACACAGUGCUCUUCGUGUUUAUACAGGUUGUCCUAUGGCUGUUUAGGCGCCUAUCGGGGCAAAUAUUGCACUAUAUGCAAUAUGUCGCUGACCAAAGAUGAUUGCGUCGCUUGCGAUACGAAAGGCUGUCGAGGUGUCUACUGUCAGUCGUGCUUCCUGGAAUCGAAUUGCCAAUGUGUUUUAUGUAAUCCCCGGGUUAGAUAUGGUGAUUCGAGCGAUAUCAGCGAUGUUGGUGACUCAUCCGAUGAACCGCAAAGUCAACCCUUUCGCGAGGAUGGCAAUUAUUGUUCCGCUAAAAAACAUGAAGGAAAACAAUAUUAA